AUGAAUCGAAAUGGCACUAAGAUCAGUUUCUGGAACAGAAAUCUGUCUGAUCAAGAUGCAGACAUCAUCGGCAGUGAAUUGAUGGACAAUGUUCAUUGGAGACAGAUUGAUCUCAGCUGCAAUUCGUUGGGUAUACAGGCUGCAAAUGGUCUGGCAAAUGUGCUAGCAUCAAAACCCAUGAUAACACACCUUUUUCUCGACAGCAACCGCUUGGGUGACAAAGGCGCAGCACAACUAGCCUGGUCUCUAGGUCUCAAUAAAACUCUGAUAGAACUUCGGUUAGACAUCAAUGCAAUCACUGAUUUAGGAGCGCUAGAAUUGGCUGCAGCACUGUAUUCCCAUCCAAUCCUGGAAAAACUAAGCUUGAGUGGUAAUGCUAUCGGAGAUAAGGGCAUGAAAGCGUUCGUUAAAAUAUUAGCCAAUAACAGAACUCUACUCGAACUAAAUCUUCGUUCGAACAGAGUUACCGAUGAAUGUAUGAAAGAUAUUUUAAGACUACUCAAACGACAAGGCAAGUUAGAGUUCCUCGAUUUGCGCGAUAAUCAACUUUCGGAAGAAAAUAACUCUGUUAUUAUUCGAACAAUAGAUCAACUCGAUGUUAUGAGAGGCCAGUCUCUAUACGGCGUGGAGAAGCUAGCAUCCGAAGUCAAGGCUCAGAAUGAUAGAAUUUUUUGUCUGGAAGCCGAACUCUCAAAAGUGACUACCGAUCGCAUAUCUGUGGGAAAUCAAAUACCAAGUUUGGAGGAGCAAUUAGCGUUUUUCUCAUAUUUACACGACUUAGAAAUUGACGCCAUUCAAAAGGCAUCCUUUUCUAUUGAUAUUAGUGCUUUUUAUCGGACUGAAAUCGUACGAGCAGUCGCAGCCAUCAGAGAUGAUUUUAAUCGACUAUCAAAGAUGGAAAAGGCUGAACUCGCUGAGCAUUAUAGAACGGAUAUAGAGACAAAACACAAGACAACGAAUACAGCAGAGAAUUCUUUAACUUCUGGAAUGUCCCGUCAAUCUCUACUUGAACUGAUUAAUGUAAUUAGUCAAAUGUCGGUGUCAUACACUCAUUUACAAGGUGAACAUAUCGCAGCGCUUAAAGAACAUCAAGAGUUUGCCGCUAGGCUGAACAUGAUAAAGAAAAAGAAUGCAAUCUUGAUCAAUGAUCAAGAUAUGGAGAUUCGUGAACUUGAAGCGUCAAUUAUGUAUCUCACAGAUCAGUAUUGCCAAACAAAAUUGAAAAAUGCCUACUUACAAGUUGAAGUUAAUACGUAUCGAAACCUAAUUCAAAUGAAGUGUCCUCAUUGA